UUCUCGUAGGCCUAAACACACGCGGGUCUUCAAGCCGACUUUUCCGGCGCUUUUCCAAAAAGGGAAAUACCAAAGCGAGAAUCUGAUCGGUGGAUCUUAGUGUGGUUUUUCCAAAGGAAACCAAACACAGUUACGAACUGAACGUGAAAUGUUAUCGAAAGUCGUUAUCGAAAAGUGCUUGUGAAUUACGAACUUUAGAUCUUGUGAUCUUUGGUCUAUUUGAAAACUAAUUUGAUCGGUUAUGAUUAACUUUAAAAUCUAAAAAAUAAAACUAAAAAAAACCUAGAUUUUUAUUUGUCAAGACUUAAAAGUGCCCAUUAACAAGAUCAUUAUGAAAGAAACAAUAAAUUAAAGAGCAAAACCUAAAAAAUUCAUCUUAAACUGCAAAGGAUAAUUCGCAGACUUGGAACUUUCGUAAAUAAAUCUGAAUUUCUUCAAUAAAUGCUUUAAAAUCUGUGAAGAAACCUGCUGAGAUUGUAAAUAAGAAAGCCUAGAACCACUAAAAACAAAAAUAAAACACAUUGAAAGACUAUAAAAAUAUUGGAAAAUCAUCUAAUACGUCGGAAUAUAAAACAUAAUAUUAAAAAUAAAUAUACAUUUAUAAAUAAUCUGCAAUUGGAAUACGGAAAACCACCUUAUAGAUUCAACAAAUGAUCAAAUAUUAAUAUAGAUCUGCCAUCUAAAUAUCCCCAUUGGAAAAACCAGAGGAUUUAAGAUUCAAGAUAUAUAAAAACUCUGCCCUUACCGAUCCCAAGCUGGGUAGUCCAUUCCUGAACACCACGCCGGCGGGUGGCAGCAGCAGCAAUCCCUCGCCCUCGCCCACAUCCACGCCUCCAGCGGCCUCAUUGGACGCCAAGGUGGCGGCCAAGCAGCUGGCCCAGAGCUUCCAGCUGUCCGCCAACUCAGCCUUUAACUUGGCUUUGCCGCCGAGCUUCUACAGACAGCAAUUACCGCAGCUUCAGCAGCAGAUUCAGCUUCCGCAACAGCUCCCGGAGUGCCUGGACUAUAACAACCACGACACGCCGGAAAUGGACCUAAUCAAUCCGUAUAUGCGACACCACAGCUUUGCGGCUGCCGCCCAGGGGAGUCCUCCGUCGGCGGCGCAACGUCACCAUCAUUUGGCGGCGGCCAUGAGCAAUGGAUUCGCCGAUGUCCAUGCCCAUGCGAUGGCGGCGGCGGAUUACCAGCAGCAGCUGGCCGACUAUCACAGUGCAGCCGCCGCUGCGGCCGUGUAUGCUAAUAAUAAUAAUAGUAACAAUAAUAACAAUAAUAAUAAUAGUAGUAACAACAAUAACAGCAGUCCACUGAUGCUGCUGAAGGCGGCACAUGGCAAGGACUCGGACUCACCAUCCACCACGCCGCCGCCGCUUGCCUCCUCCCGUCUCCAUUCCGACUCCUCGCCAUCGCCGCGCUAUGAGCACAACUCCAGUCCCGGUGUGGACAGUGCCAAGUCGUAUGCCCUCAGCCAAAGGAGCAGUGGUGGUGAGGAUCCUGGCCAGAACAGCGAGUCAGCCAGUCCGCCGCCUCAGGCAGUGGGUGAUUUUAGUCCCGAGAAUCUCAGCAGUCAGCGGGCCAAGUUCCAGCAUCACCAUCAUGGCGUCAAUCCGCUGGGCCACCACAGUGGGAAUCCUGGACACCAUCACCUCCACCUCAGCAAUAACAACAAUAAUAACAGCAGCAGCAGCAUGGAUCACAAGCUGCCACUGAGUUUCCUGGGUCCCCCGCUGGCCGCUCUUCACUCGAUGACCACGGAAAUGAAGGGUGGCCAGGGCGGGGGUGUGGGUUCGUCGGGCAAUGGUUUGUCCUAUGGCCAUAGUCCCAACUCGCAUCUGAUCAGCGAUCGGGGUUCGGGAGGCAGCUCCUCGUCCUCUUCAACGACGGCCACCACCACGAAUAGCCAGGGGGCGGCCAAUCCGCAUGGCAUCGAUACGAUCCUGUCCAAACCGCCGCCAGUCACGUCGGCGGGUCUAAGUGCUUUAACGGGAGCUGGUAUACCCCGCUUCUCAAUUGCCGCCGCCGCCGCUGGCAUGGCCCAGUAUCUCUCACAGAGCCAAGGUGCCCCCCUGAAGACCCAUGCUGGCCACAUUGUGGAUCGCACGCACCUGUACUGGCCGGGAUUGCAGGGAUUGGUGGCCAAUCCGAUUGCGUGGCGCGAGCGACUUUCCAAUACAAUGUCCGCCAAUCUGUCCCAGUCUCACCAGCAUCAUCCUUCCAACGACAAGGAUGGCAAGAAGAAACACACCCGCCCAACAUUCAGUGGUCAGCAGAUCUUCGCCCUGGAGAAGACAUUCGAGCAAACCAAAUAUCUGGCCGGACCAGAGCGUGCCAAGCUCGCUUAUGCCUUAGGAAUGUCCGAGUCGCAGGUUAAGGUCUGGUUCCAGAAUCGUCGCACCAAAUGGCGCAAGCGGCAUGCGGCGGAAAUGGCCACCGCGAAGAGGAAACAGGACGACAUGGGUGGCGAUAACGAUGGCGAUUGCAGCGAGACCAUGGACAGCGAUAACGAAAGCAUCGACUUGGGGGAGUCCCCCGCCCAGAGCAAGAGAUGUCGCAGCAAUAGCUCCGGCUCCUCGCAGCAGCAGCAGCAGCAGGAUAAUUAUCGCCAUUAAAACGAAUUUACAAACUACGGACGAAACUCGCAAUGAAAUGGAAUGGAAUACACUUAAAAUAAAUUUCAAAGCGCCAGCUAAUUAGCUAGAGAGAACCCAGCAGCCAAAAGCAGCAGCAGCAGCAGCUAAACACACUUGCAGCUAAAUUAUUCGGGUUUGAGUUUUAAGGUUUUGCCACUUUACCGUCUUCUGAAGACUUAAUUUUUUCCCUCUGUCUCUUGAUAAUUUCCCCCCUUUGUUUAUUAGGUGUGUAAAUAUUUAUGUUAAUUUUAUACAAAUAAAAAAAGAAUUACCUUUAAUAUGAAGCUUAAUUAACGUCGCUAAUUGGUAAGGCACAAGCACAAAAAAUUAAACUGAAUUUAUUACAUAUUGUAUGUUUAGUUUUUAAACCCUAACUUUAAUGUAAUUUCGUGCAUUAGAAGAGACCUUAGUUCAUACAUUUAAAAUAUAUAUAUAUAAACUAUUAACGAUUAACUAUGCUAACUGAGAUUGCGCCACACAAUAUUCACAAUAUUGAUGAUGAUGACACUGAACGCGAAAGACGAUUGAUUAACUAUUGCAGUAAAUAAUAUGUAAAAUGUACUUAAAUUAAAUUAAAUUGUAAUUUUAAUUAUUUCGAAUUGAUAAAAACAAAA